AUGAGGCUGGCCGAUCGGUCGAUGGCUCGGCGGAGGGGGGGGAGAUCGGCGCGCGGGCGGGCGCCACCGGGCGCCGGAGAGAGCGACCCGCAUGCGGCGGCGUCCUCGGCAGGCGGUGAUGGGGAUGGUACGCCGGUCGUUCACGAAGGCGUGCACAGUGGAAAGCGUCGGGAGCUUUUGAAGCGGAGGAUGGAAGGCAGAAUCACUGGGCGCAUGAAGAAGAUGAAGAGGAGGCACAUUUGCCGGCGGUUGUGCGUCAGCAAGACUUGCCGCCGUUACAGGGAUCGCAAGAAUAGGGAGUGGGUCCAGCUCAUGCGGCAUGCUGUGGAGCUGGAGAGGCGCCUUGCUGGAUGGCAGGACCUCGAGCGGGACAACCAAUUUUUGAGGGGCGCUGUCCGGCAGCUGGAGGCGGUCCUCAGGGACCAGCAGUGCGUCAUACAGGAGCUCCAGAAGCUGCGCGAAGUAGGGUCACCUGCUGAGAGCCGAUUUGGAGUGCUCCCACGGCGUCUGCGCCUGGAGAGGCGAUGCUCCGGGACGUCAGCAUCCCCUACGGAGACCCCCACAUGCCGGCGGCAGCCUGAAACCAUGCAAGCCGCCCAGCACCGAACGGGCCUGAUGCAUCGGCAGCUGGAGGAGCAAACGCAAGCCCUCAGAAACUUUCUAGCAGCCAAGUCCAUUCGCGAGGGCGCUCACGAGGCAGGAGCGGAGGACGUGCAGGCCCUGACCGACAUGCUGGCCGCCAUCGUGGAGAGCUCCGUGGCCCUGGCCAGGUCGCGGGUGCCCAAGCCUUGCGACCUGGCAUGCCACCGCGGGCGGCACCCCGGGGCGGGGCCGGGCCGCAGCGAUGUGGAGAAGUGCGUGCGGUGCCUGAGGAGGCUCAAGCUGUCGCCGUCGCAGAAGGCGGCGGUGGUGAACCUGCGCCGGGAGCAGGAGGCACAGCUGGGAAGGGUGUACGAGGCCAGGGCCAUGCUGAACGACCAGGCGAGGGCCAUGCUGCGCGACUGGGGUCCAACCUCCGCGGAGGUGAGGGCCGUGUGGCUGGAGAUCAAGCAGAACGUGCGCCGGGAGCACCAGGUCGUGGUCGACGGCCUACGGGAGCUCCUCAUGAGCAUCCUGGAGCCGCUCCAGGCCGCUCUGCUCGUCGCGGAGGCCCGCCCCCCCGACUGCGACGUCAUGUGCCUGGGCGCCGCCCUGGCUGCAGCCGCCGUUGGGGGCCAAUGCUGCCGGCCCCAUGGUCAGAGGCACACACCCGGGAACCAACAAAGCACCGGGGCGGAAGCCGAGGAGUCAGCGGUCUGA